ACACACACACGCCCAAACGAGCGUAUGAAACCGGUCUUGCGAACGCGCGUUGUUUACAAGUUUAUUUCGGUGGACGAUCCCGCUUGCACCGUCCUAUCGCACCGCUCUUCUUCCGUGGGGGGGGCUAUUUGAUGACAAGCAAUUUUCACCGCUUAAUACGCCGAGCCGUUUCGCCGACAGCUUCAUUCAAUCGUAAGUUACAGCCGGGGAGUGGCAAACAUCUCGACGCGUUCGUGCUCCAGAAAGACGGUUUUAUCACCGGCCGCUCCGGAAUCCGCUUAUCAGGUGCAUUCGCUUGGUAGGGACAGGGGGCGUAGGUUCGACCAAAAUGGGCGAUACAAAGUGCAAAUGUGGUCCGGGUUAUGCAACGCCGCUCGAUGCAGUUCGCAAUGGUCCGGUGGAGCAGUUGCUGUACGUCGUCUGUGUGCAACCAAAUCUGGACGAGGAACACGGAGACUAUCUUGCCACGGUGGACGUUGAUCCGGCUAGUGCAACAUUCUGUCAGGUCAUCCAUCGCACGUACACAAACAGCAAACGAAAUGAGCUGCACCACAGCGGAUGGAACACUUGCUCCAGCUGUCACUUUGUGCCGGGCGAUAAGCAGGUGCCGACGCGCGAUCGGCUCGUACUGCCGUGCCUGAACUCGGACCGCAUCUUCGUGGUCGACACCGGAACCGAUCCGCGAGCCCCCAGGCUGGCCAAGGUGAUCGAGGGUGAUGUGCUGAAAGGGGCCAACUGCACCGCACCGCACACCACCCACUGUCUCCCGAACGGGAACAUCAUGAUCUCGGUGAUGGGCGAUGCCGAGGGUAACGCGAAAGGCGAGUUUGUAGAGUUUGACCAGAACUUUGAGCUGGUCGGGACGUGGUCGCGGGGCGAUCGGAAAGCUCUCUGCGGCUACGAUUACUGGUACCAGCCCCACUUUAACGUGAUGGUCGCGUCGGAAUGGGGCGCACCGAAGCUGUUCCGCCGCGGCUACCAUCCGACCGACUGUGACGAUCGUACGCAGUACGGCUGUCGGUUAAACUUUUACCGCUGGCAGGAACGGGAACUGUUCCAAACGAUCGACCUCGGGAACGAUGGGCUAACGCCGCUCGAAAUUCGCUUCCUGCACAACCCGACCGAGAACCAGGGCUACGUCGGUUGUGCGUUCUACGCGAACGUGUACCGGUUCUAUCAGAAGCCCGGUGCGACCGAGUACACCGCCGAGAAGGUGAUCGAUGUGCCGGUGAAACAGGUCCAGGCCGAUAAUGGUGAGCUCGAAACGAUGGGCGGCAUGAUGACGGAUAUCCUGAUCUCGCUCGACGACCGCUACCUGUACUUUAGCAACUGGCGCCACGGAGAUGUCCGCCAGUACGAUAUCACCGAUCGGGCCCAUCCACGGCUUACCGGGCAAGUGUUUCUCGGUGGCGCCAUUCAAAGCGAUGCACCGAGGCGCGUACUGAACGAUCCGGAGCUGGCCGAACCACCGCGCCCGGUGUACGUGAAGAAUCGUCGCCUGCUCGGUGGACCACAAAUGUUGCAGCUGUCGCUCGAUGGCCGGCGGCUGUACGUGUCGUCCAGCUUGUUCUCACCGUGGGAUAAACAGUUCUAUCCGGAGAUGGUGGCGGCGGGUGGUACGAUCGUACAGCUCGACAUCGACGUGGAGAAUGGGGGCAUGAAGCUGAACGAGAACUUUCUGGUCGACUUUGGCAGUGAACCGUACGGGCCGGGAUUGCCGCAUGAGAUGCGCUACCCUGGAGGUGACUGUACCUCGGACAUCUGGCUGGUGAACGAGUAGGAGAGGAGGUCUUCUGCCUAUUUCUUCUGGAGAAUUUUUAAUUCGUCUUAAAGCAUUCCAAUGUUUGCAGAGGAAAUGCUCACAUGCAAUUUAAUAAAAAUCAUUUUACACAAUACUUA